AUGGUCGUCUCGCUGCCAAGUGAUUCCAAGCCAUCGAGCACAAGCGCGAUCGUAUCGGCGCGUCUGCUCGGAUCCACGUGCUCGGGUCUAUGCGAGCUCAUGAUCUUCCACCCUGUCGACACUAUAGCCAAGCGUUUAAUGACCAACAAAGAGCCAAUCCACGGGCUUACUGGGUUUUCCAACGUCGUCUUUCGGGACGCCUAUGACAAGCCCCUGCUUGCCCGCUACCGCUCCUUGUUUCCAGGUCUAGGCUUUGCUGCUGGCUACAAAGUCUCGCAGCGCAUCUACAAGUUCGGGGGCCAGCCCGUGGUCAACGACUACAUGGCUACAAACCACGCAGCUUUCUUCCGACACACGUUCGGGGACCGCAAUGCCAAGACGAUGAUGCACGCGUCCGCUGGCAGCCUCAUUGGCGUGGGUGAGAUCGCUCUAUUGCCACUUGAUGUGCUCAAGAUUCGAGCCCAGACGAACCCUGCAGCGAUUGCUGGCAAAGGAGUGGGGCAUAUUUUCAAGACGGAAGGCUUUGCUCUCUACCGUGGAGCUGCGUGGACUGCUGCACGUAACGCGCCCGGGUCCUUUGCACUCUUUGGAGGUUCAGCUGUCGCGAAAGAGUACAUUUUUCAGCUCGAGGACUACAGCAACGCCACGUUCUUUCAAAACUUUGUCUCCUCUAUCUCGGGGGCAUCGGCGAGCAUUAUUGUGGCUCAGCCGCUGGAUGUGAUCAAAACACGCAUCCAGUCGCGCCCAUUUGACUCGCCGGAGGGCGGGAUGACGAUCAUCCGCAACCUGCUCAAGACUGAAGGUCCUAGUGCUCUAUUUAAGGGCCUGGUUCCCAAGCUGUCUGUUGUGGGGCCCAAGCUCGUGUUCUCGUUCGCGGUCGCUCAGCACCUUAUUGCGUACUUCGAGAAGGCUUUUACCUUCUAG